CGCCGCCGCUUGUGGGAGGAGCUUGUUGCUAGUAUCUGACAUCGAUUAGGAACCAGACAGCGGCAGGCUCCUCAUGUGAUGUAUUGAUUGAAGAGCUGAGCUAAGUCUUCUGGUCUGACAUGCCGUCAUCGGAUAUACCCAAAGAACGCAGUAGGCAACGUGUUCAGAAUCCUGUUGAAGUGUGGCAUGCACAAAAUGAUGUGUGGAACCAUGAAACCAAUUUGGAAAUGGAUGAAAACAAAAGCCUUUUAGAAAACCAUGACAGUGGAUUAUCGGAACCUGAUCAUAAAAUAGUUCUUUCAAAUGAUUUCAAUAACAUUUUAUUGCUCUUAUUCCUUUAUGUCCUGCAAGGAAUUCCACUUGGUUUGGCUGGGAGCAUCCCACUUAUACUACAAAGCAAAAAUGUUAGUUAUUCGGACCAAGCUAUGUAUAGCUUUGUGUUUUGGCCUUUCAGUUUAAAACUACUAUGGGCGCCCUUAGUGGAUGCUGCUUAUUUUCCAACCUUUGGGCGGCGGAAAUCUUGGUUGGUGCCAACUCAGUAUUUUUUGGGUCUUUUUAUGCUUUGUCUGUCAUUUGAAGUGGAUGCAUUACUGAAGAGUGAUGAACACACUAGCCCCGAUAUUGUUAAACUUACUGUUGUGUUUUUUAUAUUUGGAUUUCUGGCUGCCACUCAGGAUAUAGCAGUGGAUGGCUGGGCACUCACUAUGCUAUCCAAAGAAAAUGUAGGACUUGCUUCUACUUGCAAUUCAGUUGGACAGACAGCAGGAUACUUUCUUGGUAAUGUACUUUUCUUGGCAUUGGAAUCAGCAGAGUUCUGCAACACAUAUCUACGUUCUCAAUCUCAACCAACUGGAAUUGUCACUCUCUCAGGUUUUCUGUUCUUCUGGGGAAUAAUUUUCUUGGUGACAACAACCUUGGUUACAGUGUUUAAAAAGGAAAACUUGAGACAAACAUCAUUGCAAGAUGGCCCUCAGCAAGGAAUCAAGGAAACCUACAAAUCACUCAUAUGUAUAGUAAAGAUGCCUGCCAUCUUAAAUUUCUGCAUCAUGCUGCUAACGGCAAAAAUUGGAUUUGCAGCUGCUGAUGGAGUAACUGGAUUGAAGUUGGUUGAAUUGGGUGUGCCCAAAGAGCAGUUGGCUCUACUUGCAGUGCCUAUGGUUCCUCUGCAAAUAUUAUUACCAUUUGUGAUAAGCAAAUACACAGCAGGUCGAAAACCGCUAAAUGUUUUUUACUGGACAAUGCCGUUUAGGUUAUUUAUGGGCAUGAUAUUUGCUUUGCUGGUUUUUUGGACUCCUACAGUGAAACAAGGCACAGAGUUUCCUGUUUAUUAUUAUGGAGUACUGCUGUUCAGUUAUGCCUUGCAUCAGGUGACAGUUUAUAGCAUGUAUGUUGCAAUCAUGGCAUUUAAUGCUAAAAUUAGUGACCCUUCAAUUGGAGGAACAUACAUGACUUUAUUGAAUACUGUUUCCAAUCUUGCUGGAAACUGGCCUGCUACGUUGGCUCUUUGGCUGGUGGACCGACUUACAGUCAAGAAGUGCAUUGGUGCGCCUGAACAAAAUUGUGGAUCUGCAAUUGAUUCUGAACUUUGCGCAAAGUUUGGUGGUUCCUGUUCAACUGCAACUGAUGGCUACUAUGUAGAAUCUAUAUUGUGCGUUGUUAUUGGGUUCACGUGGUGGCUUUACUUUGGAAACAAGUUCAGAAAUCUGCAGGAUGAGCACCCAUCCACAUGGCAAUGCAAGAGGAAUAACUGAGCAAUGGAGAUGUCAGCUUUUGAAUAAGUAGAUCAACCAAGACCCCAUCUCCCUGUUCAGGUGGAUGUGAAAAAUACUGUGGCAUGACCUGAAGAAGAGAUGUGUUUUCCAGUGUUCUGACCAACUUUCUUCCAUUAACCAAGACUACCAACAUCUGCUGUUUGUUCACCUUAUUAGUAGUUUAUUGGAUAUUGCUGUGUGCUAAUUAGCUGCUACAUUUGUCUGUGUAACGAUGGUAAAAAUUUAUUGACAUUCAUUGGUGGCAUUCUGAUUUGAGGCUUUAUAUAAUUAUUUUUGAAAAUGGUUUGGUUAAAGUUGUUUGUGAAGUUUAUUUAUUUAGCAAAUUCCUUUCUGUACUUAAUGACUAUUUUGCACAAUUUAUAUUCCUUUUUACAUUUGAUUUUUCAGUUUAUUUAGACCUGUUCAAUCUUAAAUCAUAAAGAUAAAUUUUAAGAACCAUUCAAAUGAAUUAUCCAAUUUACUAUUCGUUAUUUGUGCUGUAUCCUAAUUGAGGCCAAUGUACCUUCAGUACCUAGUUCUCAUUUCUUGCAUAAGCUGUAUUUUCCCACAAACUCCUCAGCAAGCUUUUCCUAUUGGAUUUUUAAAACUGACUGACUAACCUGUAGCAUUUUUCUGUGGCAUGAUUCAGCAAUUUAGUGGCAAUUUGUGCUUAAUGAUACUAAUCUGUAACUGUUAACUAACAUGUACUUUUUAAAAAGUACUUAAAAUGCUUAAAAAUCCUCUGAAUUUGGAUGUGACAAAUUUUAGCAACACAAAGCCAGACUUCAGUGAUUGCAUGGUCUUAGUUAAAACGUUGUUGCAUGAAGGGUUCAGCUUCUCUGCAAGGUCUUAUAUUGUCCAAACUAUGUGCUCAGAGCUAACUGAAGUAUGAGCAAAGUCAAUUUGUUACCUCAGGGGCAUUAGUACUUUUAAAAUCUUUUGAAUUAUAAUAUCUUCUUUUCUUUUGGCAGCCUGGCCAUAUGUUUUGAAAAUACAAUUUUUAAGAAACACAAAUGUUAAAAGCUUUAUCAUGUGAAAUGUUUGUUUUUCAGAUGGAGCAUUCUGUGUUAACAGAAUUUGUUUAGAAUGAAUAUGACCAAGACUGACUGACAGUUAGGAAGUAAUUAUAAAUUAAAUAUAAUGUUUAGACAUUAAUUGGAAUGUAAAACCUGCUACAGACAGAGAUGUAAACUACUGACACCGGUGUUUUGUUCGCUACACUUUCUCCCCAUCAAUACUGCAAGGUAUUUGGAAAACACUCAGCAACCAAAAGCCAUAUAACCUGUCUCCUCCUCAAUGAUGUUAAAUGAAAAGAACUUACUGUUACCUUUCUGUGAAACUCCACAAUUCCACCGCGAUAGUGCCAAGUGCAUGACCCCCACUGUGGCUUCCCAAACUGUAGAACCAAUAAUGCAUUACGACUUUGUUAAAUGCAAAAUAUUUUGUUGAGUACAAUUCAAAUUUCUCCACUACUCCAGCCAUUGCUCCUUGUCUUAUUGCAUUCCUCUACUCAGUCAUUGAGUUGUACAGCACAGAAACAGACCCUGUGGUCCAACUUGUCCUUGUCAACCAGAUAUCCUAAAUUUAUCUGUUCCCAUUUGUCAGCAGUUGGACCAUAACCCUCUUAAACCCUUCCUAUUCAUCUACCUAUAUAGAUGCCUUUUACAUGUUGUGAUUGUACCAGUCUCCUCCACUUCCUCUGGCUGGCAGCUCAUUCCACCCAAGCACCACCUUCUGUGUGAAAAUAUUGUCCCUUAGAUCCCUUUUAAAUCUUUCCCCCCUCACCUUAAACCUAUGCCAUCUAGAUUUAGACAUCCCCACCCUGGAGGAAGAAAGACCAUGGCUAUUCACUCUAUCCAUAUCCCUCAUGGUAUUAAAAACUUCUAAGAUCACAGCUCUGAUGCUCUGGGGAAAAUAGCUCCAGCCUAUUCUGCCUUUUCCUGUAGCUCGAACCCCUUGUAAGUCUUUUCUGCACCCUUUCAAGUUUAAUAAUGCCUUUCCAAUAGAAGGAAGAUCAGAAUUAAAUGCAUUAUUCCAAAAAAUGGCCUAACCAAUGUCCUGUACAGCCACAAUAUGACAUCCCAACUCCUAUACUCAGUGCACUAACCAAUAAAGGUAAGUAUACCAAAUACCUUUGUUAUUACCCUGUCUACUGUGAUUCCACCUUCAAUGAACUUGAACCUGCACCCCAAGGUCACUUUGGCAACACUCCCUUGGGUGGACUGUACCAUUAAGUGUUAUGAGUCCCAGCCUGGUUUGCCUUACCAAAAUGCAACAGCUCCCAUUUAUCUAAAUUAAGCUCCAUCUUCCAUUCAUCGACCCAUCUGAUCAAGAUCCUGAUGUUCUCUAAACCACCAAUUUUGGUGUCAUCUGCAAACUUACUCACCAUUCCUCCUCUAUUCACAUCCAAAAAAAAGCAGUGGACCCAGAAUCGACCCUUGCAGCACACUGCUGGUCAUAGGCUUCCAGUUUGAAAAACAACUCUCCACAACCACCACCCUCUGUCUCCUACCUUCAAGCCAAUUUUGUAUCCAAAUAGCCAAUCCACAUGUGGUCUAGCCUUGCUGACCAGUCUAGAAUGCAGAACCUUAUCAAAUGCCUUGUUGAAGUCCAAAUAGAAGCCAUCCACUGUUCUACCUUCGACAAACUUCUUUGUCACUUCUUCAAAAACGUCAAUCAAGUUAGUUGGACACAAUUUUCCGCAAACAGAGUCAUGUUGAAUAUACAUAAUCAGUCCUUGCCUUUUGAAAUACAUGUAAAUUCUGCAGUUCACAAUCCCCUCCAACGUAUCUGGGAUACAUCUGAUCAGGUCCUAGGGAUUUAUCCACCUUUAUGUGUUUAAGGACGUCCAACACUUCCUCUGUAAUAUGGACACUUUAAGAUAUCACUAUUUAUUCCUCCAAGUUCUCUAGCUUCCAUAUCCUUCUCCACAGCAAAUAAUGACAAAAUAAGUUUGUUUAGUAUCUCAUCCAUCUCCUAUGGUUCCACAUAUAGAUGGUCUUGUUGAUCUUCAAGGGACCCUAUUCUCUCCCUAGUUACUCUUUUGCCCUUAAUGUAUUUGUAGAAUUUCUUCAGAUUCUCCUUAACUCUAUGUGCCAAAGCUACAUCUUACCCUCCUGAUUUCCCUCAAAUAUACUCCUACUGUCCUUGCACUCCUCCAGGGAUUCACUUGAUACCAGCAGUCUAGACUUGCCAUAUGCCUCUCUUUUUGACCCGAGCCUCAAUUUCUGUAGUCACCCAGCAUUCCCUAUACCUACCAGCCUUACCUUUCACUCACUCUUCAUUUUUAAAGGCCUCUCAUUUUCCAUCUGACCCUUUACCUGCAUAUAGCGUCCCCCAAACUUCUGAACGUCCUCACCUGAUAUCAUCAAAAUUGGCCUUACUCCAAUUUAGAACUUUAACUUAGAUUAUACUUUUCCAUAACUAUAGUAGAACUAUUAGAAUUAUGAUCGCUGGCCCCAAAUUGCGGCCCCACUGACAUCUCUAUCACUUGCCCUGCCUUAUUUCCCAAGAGAAGGUCAAGUUUUGCUCCAUCUGUUGUAAGUAUAUCCACAUACUGAAUAAGAAAAAUUUCUUGUACACAACUUAACCAAGACCUUAACCAUGUUAGUCCCAAUCUAUGUUUAGAAAGUUAAAACCCCCCACCAUUACAAAUCUAUCAUUCUUGCAGAUAUGAGAUCUCCUUACAAAUUCUCAAUUUCCCACUGACGACUGGGGCCUAUCAUAAAAUCCCAAUAAAGUUGUCAUCCCUUUCUUAUUUCUCAGCUCCAUCCAAAUUACUUCGAAUACUUUUGGGAGUAAGUCCAUUAAGUACAGCUGUAAUAUUAUCCCUAACCAACAAUGCCACUCUCCCUCCUUUCUAUCCUUCCUGUAGUAUCUAUACACUGGAACAUUAAGCCACCAGUCCUGCCUCCAUGAGCCAUGUUUCUAUAAUAGCGACGAUAUCUCAGUCCCACACUUCUAACCAUGCCCUGAGUUCAUCUGCCUCACCGGUCAUGCUUCUUACAUCGAACUAAAUGCAUUUUAAUUUAUCAGUCUUACCUUGUUCUCUGCCUUGCUUUUGACUCCCUAUACUAUUUGACUUGCUCCUCUUCUCAACCAUACCAGCCUCAAACUUAUCUCUUUUCCUACUACCUCUUUUUGGGUAAUAUCUCCAUAUUUCUAACCCUCUUUAGUGCAGUUACUGGACAGAUUUUUUUGUGGUUUAAAUUAGAUCUUUGUUCGUGAGCAGUAGGAAGAAUGUUGAAAGGCGUCAGGCUUUUGUGUGCACAUACAAAUUUACAAUUGGUCAUGACUCACAGCAAUUGAUCAGAUGCCUCAAUACCCUACACGUAUAUAGAAGCCAGAGUGUACUCGGCUUCUUCUACGUUUAAUAGUUGUAUUGUUAUUAAUUAACUGGCAUUUUCAUUAUUCCACACAUUGUUUACUGGUACAUGCCAAUAUAUAUGUCUCAUCAGUUUGCAGUUGCUAUUGCUCCAUUUCUUUGAUUUACUCAAGACUGCUUCUACAUUAAGAUAUUGGUUUGCUGUGCUUUAUUCACUUACUCAAUGGAGCUAUGAGACUGAUUAAAAUGAAAGUUUACUAGUUA